GCGCUAUAAAAUGGGACAUCAAGCCCCGGGCUACAUCCAUCAACAAACCUCUCUGGCACAGACGCAUCUUUUCAGCUGAAGACCUUGACAGGAAUAAUAGCCUGGAUAAUCGAACGCUGAGCAUCAAGGCUCUAGGGCUCGCCUCCCAUCCCAGGAGAACAACACAAGACUGAGGGGGAGACAGAAAUAACACGGAGUCAUGUCUGACUCUGAGACCAUUGAGACAGCCGCUCUGGGCCGACCAUUCCAGCUGGGGAUGCUGUAUGACUGUCGCAGGGAUGUCCUCAUUCCAGGUAUCACACUCUGGGAUUCUGAAAUGCUACAGAAAGACAUAAAUGUCUCUCCACAACCUAAUACUGAUUUCAAAAUCAUUGCUUCUGACUCAAGUGAAGACAAGUCAGAAGCUUUGAAUGUGUCUGCAUCUCUGGAGGCCAGUUUUCUUGGUGGCUUAGUCAGUGUGAAGGGUUCUGCUGAAUUCCUACAUGAUAAAAAGACCUCAAAGCAUCAGUCUAGGGUUUCUCUGCAGUACCGUACCACCACUCGCUUCGAGCAGCUGACCAUGGACCACCUGGGGGCAGGAAAUGUGAAACACUGUAAUGUCUUCCAAGAGGGUUCUGCCACACAUGUGGUGACUGCCAUUCUCUACGGUGCACAAGCCUUCUUUGUUUUUGACCGUGAGGUUUCCUCAGGAGAAAACCACCAGGAUAUUCAAGGAAACCUGCAGGCCACAAUAAAGAAGAUCCCCCUCAUAACAAUAGAAGGGCAGGCAUCACUGAAGAUGAGCGAGGAAGAGAAGCAACAGGCCAAUACAUUCAGCUGCACUUUCCAUGGUGAUUUUGCACUAGAAAACAACCCUGUCACAUUUGAAGAUGCCACCAGGCUGUAUGCUGGCCUGCCACGUCUGUUAGGGGAAAAGGGAGAACAUGCUGUGCCCAUGACUGUCUGGCUCUAUCCUCUCAAGAACCUGGACUCUGCAGCUGCCCAGCUAGUCAGGCAGAUCAGUGUUAGCCUGGUGUGUCGCGCACAGCGAAUCUUAGACGGGCUGGACAAGACGGAUGUACAAUUCCGGGACUUGAUGAUGGAAGGCAUGGCUAUCAAGUUCCCUGAAAUCAAUGCCAAGCUCAGCAAGUUCAGGGACUUGUGCUCAGAGUACAAGCUGGUUUUCCAGAAAGGUCUUUGCAAGGUUCUUCCCAACAUAAGAGGAGGAGGAAUGGAGGAAGAAGAACUGAUAAAAAUGCUCAACAGUAAGGAGCGCUCUCCAUUCCAGAAUGACCUUAUGAUCACGUACCUGGACGACAGAGAGAGAGAGAUGAAUGUUGUCAGCUCUUACCUUGACAUAAUGAAAGAGGUACAAGUUGUGUACUCAAGCAGUGAAUUGGAUGGAAUAGUGCUUGAUCAAGCCAAAGAUCAUGUAGUGUGCUUUGCAUUCUCCUCUUUGAAAGACAAAGACGAGUAUUUGGUAGAUUUGGAGAACUACUUGCUGGAAGAAUCAAAGAGUAAUUCUUCACUGAUUCCUUAUGACCCCAAUGCAGCUGGGAAAUUAGCAGCAGAAAAGUGGUUUCGCUCGGGGGAGGUAACCACCCUAACCAGGCAAAACAUACAACUGUUCCUAGACUUCAAAGAGUCAAACAAAGACAGAGAAAAUAUUGCAUUCUGCAUUGCAUCGAUUCCAAGCAAAUGCAUCACUGCAUCCUCCAUCCAUGUCUAUGAGAAAGGGACACUGUUGAGUCCCCAGUUUGAACUGCCAUCAAAGCCAGGUGUCCCCACCAUCAAGAGUAUGGAGCAUGACUGUGUCCACGUGGAAAUUAACACUCCCAACCUUGGCGUCACGUCUGUGGAGUCGUACCAGGUUUUGUACCAGGCUGUGCAGGCUGAAUCUGAGUGGACAGAGAUCAAAGCUGAUGUUAGCACUAACCGGGUCACCAUCAGACGUUUGAACCCCUAUAAAGACUACCGCUUCAGCUGUAGGGCGGUGUGUAGACCUGGUGUGAGCCUCUCCAGUGACUGGACAGAGUACUUAAGGACCCGCCCAUGUAGCCCCGCUGGAUCACCCACAGAAAAAAAUCUGGAAUCUGAAAGUAUCAGAGUGAACUGGGACAUUCCUACCAUGGUGGGAGACGAUGUAGAAGUCAUAGGCUAUGAGGUUGACUACAGAGAGUGUGCGAAGGCUGUUGACAAUAAGAUGUGGCACACCAUCAAAACCACCACCAGAGAGUGCACACUGGAAGGUCUAAAGCCUGAAACUGCAUACAGUGUCAGAGUCUCUGCUAACUGUGGCGAAGCAGGGAAGAGUCUACCCAGUCCGGAAGCAGUGCUGACUACCAUCAGGGCUUCUGACACCCAACCGAAGAGGAGCCAAUCGACAGCAACAAGAAGUGAGGAAUUUCUGAAGAAAUCAGAGAAGGUGCAGAAAGGCAACCCGUCAAUCUAUAAGCUGAAUCUGGAACAGAGGUUGGAUGUAAAGGAACGUUUUGAACAGUACACAUUUGGAAGGAAAGUUGAGAAAGGGAAUAACAAGGCAAUCUUGCUUCUGGGGUCCACAGGUGCAGGAAAAACCACUCUGGUAAAUGUCAUGAUCAACUACAUUCUCGGGGUAAAGUGGGAAGAUCACUACCGCUUUAAGCUCAUCCAUGAGGUGACCAACAGGUCACAGGCUGAGAGCCAGACUUCAAUUGUGACAUCAUACGAGCUCUACAACCAGCCAGGCUUUCAGAUUCCUUAUUCUCUGACCAUUAUUGACACACCAGGGUUCGGAGACACUAGAGGAAUGGCACAUGAUAAACUAAUCACAGAGCAAGUGAAGGAAUUUUUGUGUAACCCUUUAGGGAUUGAUCACAUUGAUGCAGUCUGCUUUGUAGUGCAGGCAUCCCUCGCUCGUCUCAGUGCCAAUCAGAAAUACAUAUUUGACUCCAUCCUGUCCAUUUUUGGAAAGGACAUUGCUGAUAACAUCCUGAUGCUCGUGACAUUUGCUGAUGGGAAGGACAUACCUGUGCUGGAGGCCAUCCAAGCUGCAGACCUUCCCUGUAAAAAAAACAAUAAGGGACUCCCAACCCAUUUCAAAUUCAACAAUUCAGCUCUGCUCUCUCAGAAAGUAGAAGAAGACAAAAGCUCUGAAGGAGAUAGUUCAGAGGAUGAUAAUGAGGAAGGACUAGAGAAGAUUGUCUGGAGGUCAACUUUUAAACAGAUGAAAGCUUUCUUCAAAGCCUUGGAAAGCAAUGAGAGCAAAGAUCUAACAAUGACCAAGAAAGUGUUGGAAGAACGUGAGCGUUUGGAGAAGGCCAUGACACGAUUGACCCCUCAAAUCACAGCAGGUCUGUCAAAGCUGAAUGAGAUCAAAACGUUCGAACAGUGCCUGCAGAACGAGGACGAGAACAUGAAACAGAACCAAGACUUUGAGACAGAGGUAGAGGUUCUAGUUGCUAAAAGGACCAAAUUAAGUUGUUUUGCUACAAACUGCAUUGUUUGCAAGUUCACAUGCCACACCAGCUGCUUUCUGCCUAACGAGGAUGACACCAAAAAAUGUGCCGUGAUGGAUGGUUAUGGUAACUGUGUCAUGUGUCCAGGAAACUGCUCUUACCUUAACCACGACAGGGAAAAAGCCUUAUGGACAUAUGAAACUAAGAAAGAGAAAAAGACCAUUAAAGAGUUGAAGGACAACUUCAUGAAGGCACAGGGCAAGUUUAUGAACAACAAGCAGAUGCUGGAGAAGAUUGAAGAUGAGUACAUUGUUAUCGAGGACAAGCUGAAGUACUUGAUCAAGCUGUCCUCCAAUUGUCUUAAGAGACUAAAUGAGAUUGCACUGAAGCCAAGCUCUCUCUCUACUGUGGAGUACAUCGAGAUACUUAUUCGCACCGAAGAGGACCAACGCAAGCCAGGCUUCGAAGAUCGCAUCGUAGGGUUGAAGAAAAUGAAAUAUGAGUCUGAGCUUCUGGAGAAGAUGGCAAGAGGAGAGGAACUACUCCCCGAUGAGCGACGCAAGGUUAAGGAGAAACAAGACAGACUGCAGAAGAUCACAAAAAGACUCAACCAAAUGCAGAAAGUAGUCAGAGAUUGGCCAGGGAAGAAGUAGGCCUAACUCAAAGUCAAAUUCCAUGAUCUCACCCUGCUUCCGACCAAGUGGCACGGUCGGUGGCUUGCACUAAUCAAGUGAAUGGGUCAUAACUCAGUUAAAUUUGUAAUAUUAAAUCAGAUAUAUCUCUAGACCCAGUCAAUUGUCCGCUUACUGGGGUUGAUUGCAAUGCAUUGUAUGCAAACAAGCGUCACGUAAACUCGCAGUUGACACAUUUUCAACAUUAAGUGAGUGGACGUGUGCGAGCCAGAAGGGCCCACAGAACAGGAGCCUGCCUCCUGUUUCUGUAGCGUGAGGCAGCUUGAUGUACAAACACACCCCCUGGACAGCUAGUCUAUCACAUGUUCUACAUUAGUGAAUCUAAAUGAAGCAGCUGAUCUUCCUACUGAUUGUUAAUGAUUAUCAUAAGAGAAAUGAAUGUAGAAAUAAAGCAGACAUUGAUUCAUAUAAAUUUUGAGACCUACUUUCCCCUCGGGAUGUAAUAAAGUAUCUAUCUAUCAAACAAUGUAUAACGUUUGCCUACUUUCAUGUUGAUUGUUUAUCCUAUUUUUUUUAAAUAAAAGUCCUUUGUA